CCGCCAGUGCCGGACGCGUCAUAUCGAUAUCUCCUUCCUAGACCGACGGAGUUCACAGUGAGAAGUCGCAGCAGUCGGUUCGCAUUUAUGGGGCGAUUGCUGCUGCUCCACAAGUCCGCUUGCAGCUGGUUCAUUCUUUAGCGAAACCUCUAUGCACCGACCACUCACGUACACGAUCUCCUAAACUGAUCUCGACGAUGUCGUCCGCUUCUUCCGGUAAAUUUGCAGGGCUAAGCCUGUGGCUCGUGCCUCGCGGACCUUCGGGACAAGCAGAAGCCUUGCGCAAAUUAAUGGGCAACCUUCGAGACGAGGUCGCCGCAAGCCAUGGGCCGACUUCGGUCUCUGCUCGCUUUGAACCUCACGUAACUCUGCUUGCAGGCCUCCAGGAGGGCAAGGGCUGGACGAGGCAGGCAGUAUGGGCAAAGACUCUCAAGGUGCUGAAGGACAAACGGCAGAGAGGGGAAGCACCCAUAGUCUGCCCGCUGCAAGACGUGGUCACGAGAGGUUCCUAUUUUCAGUGCAUCGUCGUCGCCCUUGAAAAAACGAAGGAUCUGAUGGGGCUGAACGAGGCCAUGCGAAGAGCGUUCAGUGUCGAUGAGAGCGAGCCAAGCUACUUUCCCCACUGCUCCUUGGUCUACGCAGAUCUCGACGAAGAGCAAGCCGAUGCUGAGAUCGCAGUGAUGGAAAGUCAAGGUGUCUUUAAAAGGGAGCAGGGCCGAGCCGGUAUUACUCUUGACCACAUGGAUCACAUUACCCUGCACGCUGUCGAGCUGUGGGACUCCAACGGCGCCGUUGGAGACUGGCGAAGACUGGAAGAGUAUGUGUUCUCGGAGGUGUACCAGUAGAUGUAGUAGCAGUAAUGGUGUUGGAAUAUUGCCAAGUCUUUGCAC